CAUGUGGAGGUGAGGAGGUGUGGCUUGCCAGACUUAAGGGGCAGCAGGAGCGAAGUCAUGGAGAUGAGAAAUACAGUGUGAAUAGGAAAGGAAGCACAGGAGUUCAGCCUGGAGAGAGAGAAUGUGAGAAGGGGGAGUAGGUGGGAAAGGGAAGUUAAGGCGAGAUCAUGGAACGGCUUCCAUCCUGACUACAAGGUUCUGACUCGGUUCCCCAGCUCGGACGGUGCCGGAGUGUGAAGGAGUUUGAGAAGCUGAACCGCAUCGGGGAAGGCACCUACGGCAUUGUGUAUCGGGCCCGGGACACCCAGACGGAUGAGAUUGUCGCCCUGAAGAAAGUGCGGAUGGACAAGGAGAAGGACGGGGUCCCCAUCAGCAGCCUUCGAGAGAUCACGCUGCUCCUUCGCCUUCGCCAUCCAAAUAUCGUGGAGCUGAAGGAGGUGGUUGUGGGAAACCACCUGGAGAGCAUCUUCCUGGUGAUGGGUUACUGUGAGCAAGACCUGGCCAGCCUUCUGGAGAACAUGCCAACACCCUUCUCUGAGGCCCAGGUCAAGUGCAUUGUGCUGCAGGUGCUGCGGGGCCUCCAGUACCUGCACCGGAACUUCAUCAUCCAUAGGGACCUGAAGGUCUCCAACUUGCUCAUGACCGACAAGGGCUGUGUGAAGACAGCGGAUUUUGGCCUGGCCCGGGCCUACGGCAUUCCAGUGAAGCCAAUGACCCCCAAGGUGGUCACUCUCUGGUACCGAGCCCCUGAACUGCUGCUGGGAACCACCACGCAAACCACCAGCAUCGACAUGUGGGCCGUGGGCUGCAUCCUGGCUGAGCUGCUGGCCCAUAAGCCCCUUCUCCCCGGCACUUCUGAGAUCCACCAGGUGGACCUGAUCGUGCAGCUGCUGGGGACACCCAGUGAGAACAUCUGGCCGGGCUUCUCCAAGCUGCCGCUGGUCAGCCAAUACAGCCUGAGGAAGCAGCCGUACAACAAUCUCAAGCACAAGUUCCCGUGGCUCUCAGACGCCGGCCUGCGCCUGCUCAACUUCCUCUUCAUGUACGACCCCAAGAAAAGGGCGACAGCUGGGGACUGCCUGGAGAGCUCCUACUUCAAGGAGAAGCCCCUACCCUGUGAGCCGGAGCUCAUGCCCACCUUCCCCCACCACCGCAACAAGCGGGCCACAGCCUCAGGCGCCGAAGGCCAGAGCAAGCGCUGCAAGCCCUGAAAGCCCUGACUGUGGGGC